UUUUGCGCUGAUGACAAGUGACAAUGUCUAACCCCCACAUUGUUAAUGGCCCUACUUCACUAUAAAUUAAUCAAACUUCAACUUCCUUUUUUUAUUUUUGACCUUUCGUAGACACUACACUACUCUGGUUUUAAGGGAGACUGUUGUUGGUUGCAAAUUCCAAUUUUAUUUGGUUGCUUUGAUUGUGUUUUAAUAAUACUUCUCUUUCUUUAAAGGCAAAUGCUAUAUAUAGCCCUAAGGGCUAUAUAUAAGCAUUAAUUACAUAUUUGAUUCUCUUAUAGUUUCUAGAAAAUACUUAAUAUAACUGAUCAAUUGAUUUACCCAAUUACAUAAUAAAUGCUAUUCACAACAAUACUAAUAAUUACAAGUGAAAAUACAUGUUCCCAAUAAAAAAAAACUCAAUCAUCCUGCCUCAGUUUAGCUUCCCAGAACAGCUAUAUUAUGUACAAAACAAUACCGCAUAACAUUUUAUCUAUGGUGUUUCGACAACUGCUCGUGUUUCCCCUUCAAUUCAAGGUAUUACUUUUGCCAAAAGUCUAAUUUUUUUUAUUUUUUUUAAUCUUCUUUUGCAUAAUUGUAUAACUCAAGGUUAUAGAAUUUGUUUGAAUUUGUUUCUGCAUAAUCUCAAUUCAAUGAAACCCAUAUGAUGAGGUUUGGAUGAGAGGUGAUUGAUUUGAGAGUUGAAUUUUAAUGAAAAUACACAUUGAAUUAACUUCUGCCAUAUUGAAUAAUACCCAUGUGAUAACAUGAAAUUUGCCCUAAUUUUUUUGACGAAUUUUAUAAGGUUUAUCGAUUUGGGUAGUAGUGUAAAAUUUUGGGUAGUAAUAUAUACUUUCCUAUAUACUAUGUAUGCUAUUGUGAUGAUUUUUAAGAAGAUUCUAUAGCUUUUGUUUGAGAUUUUUCUAAUUAAUAUGCAAUAAGCUUUUUUUUUAAUAAAAGACUACUUAUUUUCAUGUUUAUAGAAUUUACAAUGCUUGAUGUUGAUUUGAAUGAACCUUUGAUUGAAGAGGAAAAUAAUGAUGAUGAACCUUUUAUUGGCCAAACCUUUGAGAGUCAAGAAGAGGCAUACGUCUUUUAUAACAAGUAUGCUAAACAACAUGGUUUUGUUGUUCGUAAAGAUCGUUCGGACACUAGGCAUGGUAGGACUAUCAGACGUGAUUUUUACUGUCAUUGCGGAGGGAAAAAACCUUUGAAGGUAGUUGAUUUUUCUAAACCUCAAAGAAAUAAGGAAUCAUCAAAAUGUGAUUGCAAAGCUCAUAUGCGAAUUACAUUGAAAAAAUGCUUUGAUAUAUUUCCAGAAGAAUGGCAUGUCACUAAGUAUUCCAAGCAACACAAUCAUGUAAUGUUGCCACCCGAAGCGAUGCGUUUUCUCCCGUCAAACAGGAACAUUAGUGGUGAAGAUGAGAAGAAAAUUUUGUUAUUAAAAGAGGCAGGACUAUCAGCUAGACAGAUAAUACGAGUCUUGGAGCUAGAAAAAAAUGUUGGACAUGGUGAACUACCAUUUAUUCAGAAAGAUGUUCGCAAUUUGUUUGGUCGAGUUAAGAGGUUGCUUGGAGCUAAUGAUUCCAAGAGUCUUUUAGAGUAUAUGAAAUCUACCAAUGAGGAAAAUAAUAAGUUUCAAUAUGCUUAUACAGUUGAUGGAGAAAGGAGGUUAGAAAACAUAUUUUGGUGUUCGGCUGAAAGUUUUGAUUGGUAUCAAAAAUAUGGUGAUGUAGUCGUGUUUGACACCACUUACAAAGUUAAUGCAUAUGACAUGCCUUGUGGAAUUUUUGUUGGAGUGGACAAUCAUGGAAGGACUAUUUUAUUUGGGUGUGCACUCCUCCGCAAUGAAACAACUUCUACUUUUUCAUGGUUAAUGAAGGUAGCUCUUGCUGUUCAAGAAAUUUGCCAAGGACAAUCACAUAGCAAUAUGGUUGCUACUCUCAGACCCAUUAGCAUGAAAACAAAGUCACCAUUGGAAGGUCAGGCUUUUGAAGUCUUCACUUCAUUUGCUUUCAAAAAGUUUCAAGAUGAAUUAAUAAAAGCAAGUCAAUAUUCUAUAAUCCAAAUAGAAGGUAAUGUAUGUACCGUAAGAUAUUAUGAAGGGGAAAAGGGUAUAAAUCGUAGAGUUUUUUUGGAUGGAAUAACAAUGUCAUGCAGUUGCAAAAAUUUCGAAUUUUGGGGUAUAAUUUGUCGUCAUAUAUUUCGAGUGUUGUUGCAUAAUGAUUGUUUCAAGAUCCCUUCCUCCUACCUACCUCUACGAUGGCAUUGUGAUAGGUUGCAACCUACAGUUGAAAAUCAAGAAAUAAUAAGUGAAGCCAUGAUAUUGGAGGAAGAAUCCGAAACUGUACACAAUGACAUUGGAGUCGGUGGAGAUGAUGUACUGUGUCCCCCUAAAUCCAAAACAAAGGGACGUCCACCAAAGAAGCGUGAGAGGGGUGGAAAAGAGUCCGGAAAGAAGAAAACUAAAUGUUGUUCUAUAUGCAAGCAACCCGGUCAUACUAAACCAACCUGUCCUAAUAAGGAAAAUAUAUUUUCUUUGAAUGAUACGAAUGAAGGUACUUCUUCUGCAACACAAAAAAAAACAAAAGAAGAUGGCAGCUGAUUUAGGAUUAAAUCCUAUUUUUACUUUGAAGUUUUAGGUGGUCUCAUUGAAAAAUUAUGACAAAAGACGUCUACAAAAAUUUUGGACAUCAAGAUGUGUCAUGAAGACGGAACUUUGUUUUUUAUAUUUUUUUUUGGACGGUUGUAACCGGUAGAUUAAACCAGAAAUGUUUUUUUUUAAGAAAGUGGAAAACAAAUUAUGUGGAGUUUAUAAUCAGUUUUACAAUAUUAUGUUAGUGGUUUUUUACUGUCUUCCAAAAAUACUUAGUUUCAAUGCAUUAUUAAAUGUAGUGUCAUGACAAUUUAUUCUAUCAACAACACUACAUUAAAUGAUUAUUUUUUUUAAUUCAAUAAUAAUGUUAAA